GUUGAAACACUAGCUUCUUUUGACAACCACAUACAAAAUAUCCUAUUUCUUUGGCAGAUAGAUUUCCUGCUCAUGGCAGCAUUAUCUCUAUCAUUUACUACCUCUGUUCCAUGCUCUAAGUUUCGUAGUUGUUCAACAUCACAAUUUGAUAGCUUAAACAGUCAGAUUCGCCGUCCAAGCGUGGUUACAUUUACAACAGUGUGUGAAUUGAAAGAGCCACCAGCUGAGGCAGGGCUGCCGGGAAGAAAUUCAAAACUUGAAAUAGGGUCACCUGUUAUUGUCAUUGAGGCUCCCAAAAUGAUAAAGACUUUUGCAUCAGUUCCAUGCCUAAGGGUGAAUUCUGGUUUAGUCAAGCCUGGUGAUGUGGGAAGGAUUGUGUCAAGAAAGCCUAAAGAUGUAUGGGCAGUUCGUCUUACCAUUGGUGCGUAUCUCAUAGACGGGAAAUAUUUCAAGCCCUUGGAGCUUGAUGAAUGAUUCGGUAGGCUAUGAAAAAAGUGGAGUAUUAGAGGACACCAUCUUCAAGCAUAAGCUGCGACAAACUUUAUGGGGAAAAAAUGAUUGAUAUUUUGGGAUUGUUUUCUUUCUGCUCUAGAUUUUAGGUUUUUUUUUUUUUUUUUUAAUGGAAAUACUUUAUAUUAGUUGUCCUCCUAUUCAUGCAUUCAAGGCUCACGGCUGAGCCCUUUGUUUCCACAGAGGCACAGAGCAUGUAAUUGGUUUUAUAAGACCUUGUUAACAAUGAUGCAUUAAUGGUGCAAAUAUA